AUGGAAGAGGCUAUGAUUUCAGCAUGUGGGAAUUCUAAUAAAAAUGUGGUAAAUGUGAAUAUCUGUUUCACCUCUUCUUUAAUGCUUUGGAUCUUCAGUUUAAUCAGUGAUCAUAAUUACCGUUGUGUAGCACAUAUCAACUUAAAGAAAGAGCAAGAGAAAUUCUGUAAUAAAGUGUGGAAAUCUGGCAAAGAAAUAGGUGAAGGGCAAAGUAAUUCCAAGCUUUGCAAAACAGACAGCACAAAACCAGAAGGAUCAGUGGAAACAUCAUUGCCUAUCCUCUUAAUUGAGCAUUGUGACUAUUUUGUAUGUUUCCAUAAUGAAGAAAACACAUAUUCUUCCCAGAAUACUUUUUUUUGGAUAGGGACUUCUACUGGCUUGUUAAUAAUUAAUCUGGCAAACUUUGAAUUAGAAGCUGUUUUAUCUUACAGAGAUUACAGUGACCUCAGCAUUCAGAUUGCCAGAUCAUGUGCAUUAACAAGGAAGGCAGCUAAUGGAAAGGUUUUAUGCUUGAUCACCUCGAUGUUUGAAGAUAUGAUUGCUGUGUUGGAAGUUAACCUUGCUGCAUUGGUGAGAACUCAGCACAGUGGUAUUCUCCCAUGUGGAAAUGAGAAAAGUCUAUCAGUUUUUGCCAGGUGUACUUUAUUGGCAAGUUCUCCAUUGUGUAAAGGUUUAAAGAAGAACAUGAAAGAACCUUCUAGGAAAACAGUUGGAGUGACAAACACGGUGAAGGAUAAACCAUUGGUUUUCCAUAAUAAAAUUAAGUCAUCAGGAUAUACAGCAGCACCACGAAUGACCAUGUUUUCUCCAAAUACUAACCUGAAAAUAAAAGAGGCAUCAAAGUGGAAGACCAAUUGUAAAUGUAAAAAUAAAGAAUAUCCUUUGGAAAAUCAUCCUCCAAUCAAAUAUGAGAAAGAGAUAGCUGCUACUUGUAAACCAACUCCAAUUUUUUCUGUUCAAUAUUCUGGGGAUGGAGAGCUGCUGGCUUGUGGCCAGGCUGAUAAAACUGUGCUGAUAUUCAAUUCCAAUCUCACUGAAGUGCAUAAUGUUUUUUCAGGUCAUGAUGGUGCAGUUAACUCUGUUGGCUGGAGCCAUGACAGGAAGUGGUUAGUUUCUGCAUCAGAAGACAGAACUUUAAGGGUCUGGUCAGUCUACAAUAAGGAACCUGCCCUAAUUCUGGGUAAAGAGAAGUUCCAUAAGACUGUACGCUUUGCACAGUUUUAUUUUAUAGAUACAUUUAUAUUGCUGUGUUGUGGAGCUGAAUUUCAUCUGCUAAGUUUCCAUCUAGAUCCCACCAAGGAUGACCUAAAACGAUACAAACAGAGGAGUGUUUGCAAAUUGGUACAGAAAUUUCCCAUGACUUCAACAAUGGAGAUUACCAGUCUUUCAGCAGUAAAUGAGUUCUAUUCUUAUAUUGUACUUACAGCUGGCAGCAACCGAGCAGUGGAAGUUUUUGAUCUCAAUGCAGGCUGCAGCGCUGCAGUGAUACAGGAAGCUCAUGUUAGAUCAGUCCAUCAGAUCUGCCAAAAUAAGGGAUCGUCCUUCAGUGCUCAGCAACCUGAAGCUUACAACCUUUUCCUGACCACAGCUGCGGGUGAUGGCAUCAAACUGUGGGAUUUAAGAACACUGAGGUGUGAACGUCGUUUUGAGGGGCACAGUAGCCGCUGCUAUCCAUGUGGAAUUGCAGUGUCUCCCUGUGGACGCUUUAUAGCCAGUGGAUCAGAUGACAAAUAUGCUUACAUAUAUGAAAUGCAUUCAAGCACUUUUUUACAUAAACUGGGGAGACACACAGAAUCUGUAAUCAAUGUCAGUUUUAAUCCCUCAUCUCCACAGCUCACCACAGCCACCUUGGAUGGCAAACUCCGAUUGUUUCUACCCUGAUACUUGCCAACCUGUGGAGCUUUGGCCAUGGUACUCUGAGAAUAACGACUUGCUGAGAUAAAGGAGACUGGUAACUGGCCAGAAGCAAGUGGCAUAACAUUCCCUUUUAAACUACAGUUUUCUUCUGAUUUUAUUUUCAGGAAGUUCCUCAAGCUGUUCUCAAAGUUUUUCUGUUGUACAGUCUGUUACAUUUAUUGCAAAAAUAAGGGUGAAAGACCACAAAAAGGAGGAGACUAUUCAUUCUGACUUCAUUCUAGCAAAUCACUACAGAAGUGGCUUCCAAAGUUCUUCUUGGGUUCUUUUAGGUAGGUGCAUUCUGUAGUGCUUUGCUAGACAAGGACCACUUUAGACUGGAAAUGCAAGUAAAAUAACAAAUUUCAAUUUUUAAAGCUAGAUCUGUUUGUGACAAAUUUUUAAAUUUAUCUGAAAGAAAGAAGGAUUUUAUGUCUUUCUGAAAUGCCAUGAGAGUCCUUCUGUUAUACAUUUUUGGGGUUACUGGAAUUAGCAUGGAUGUUUGAAGACAGAAUUUUACUGGUUUACUAUUUAUACUGCAUUCUGUAAAUUCCUUAGGGAAUAUGUGACAAAUGUCUUCU